AUGGAGGUGAUUAUGGUCUGAACGAGAAGGACAUGGAAGCAUCAGUCGCUACGGUGCAGUCGCUGUGUGAACAGAUUGAAGCUGACCUAAUCCUGCUGAGAGAGAGAACUGACGCUGGUGGGAAGAUUCAAGACUACCUCAUCCGUCGGCAUGUGGGGGAGCAGGAUUUCCUGGAAGUCAGAGUGGCGGUGGUUGGCAAUGUGGACGCCGGAAAGAGCACCCUGCUCGGCGUGUUGACCCAUGGCGAGCUGGAUAACGGCAGAGGCUUUGCUCGCCAGAAGCUCUUCAGACACAAACACGAAAUGGAGAGUGGCAGGACCAGCAGUGUGGGUAAUGACAUCCUGGGCUUUGACCAGGACGGUCAG